AUGAAAUUACAUUUAGGUUCAGAAUGCAAAUGUUUUGUGGCCAAAUUCUAUGAGCAGGCGCGGUCACCACGCGAUGCUUGCGUUAAUGCCAGACGUAAGAAGGCAGAAGAAGAACGUGAAGAACUAUCAGAAAAGAGAUCGGGGCAGUCAUCUUCUCGUUCAUCUUUCGAACUUUCACCUGCUGUUGAAGCAACGGUCCCCGAAAUAGAGUUAAAGGCUGAGCUGAAAAAGGUUGACGUGGCAACCCCGAAAAUCCAGGAACUUGAAAAAAACGACAAGCAUAUUUUCUACUUCCAUGAGCACGUCUUUUUAGGCGAUCGCCUUAUUGAAAUGGGAUUCUCGGCAGAAGAAGUGUUCCGCGUU